AUGGUACCACUUGUGCAGACGAUACCUGCUGUAAAAGAAGAAGAAAAUGGCGUGAUCCAGUUUUAUUCCCCAGAAAAAAAUCCAAGAGACCCGAGCAGCGUACCUGAACUUGAUCAAAUUUUGGUUGAGCCAGGUCCAGGUAUGGAAACAAAAAGAACUACUGCCGCUGCUGGUCAGAUUCAGAACAAAGCAGUAGCGAUAGCUUGGUGUCUGAUAAAUAGACUGGUACAUUGCGUGGAAUACCCAAAAACUUGGAUGGAAGACACACGUGGCAUGCUGAUGGUUGUGGCAACCAUGAUAUCAACUGCAACUUUCCAAGCUGCAGUUAACCCACCCGGCGGUGUUUGUGAAUAUGGUGAGAAAUGCUUUCCUGGAAGUUCAGUGGUAGCCACCGUUUUAAAAGACGAUUUCUUUUUGUUCGUAAUAUUCAAUACCGUCUCGUUUAUUGCUUCUCUCAGUGUCACCCUUUUGCUUGUUGGCGGAUUUCCCCUCCGGAAUCGUGUAAUUAUGUGGCUUUUAUCAAUGGCCAUGUGUCUCACUGUCACUUCUAUAGCACUCACCUAUAUACAGGCUCUCAGCUUAGUGUCCCCUGCCGAUAAUACUUUCGAAUCAUAUGUAAAAAUGUUCAAGAUAUCUGUUGGGGUUUGGACUGCGUUGCUUCUAACCAUCGCUGCAAUCCAUACCAUUCGCCUUCCCAUUUGGUUGUCAAGGAAGUUGUGGCGCAGGUUCAAGCAUAAGAUCCCAAAAAGCCUCAGGAACGUGAUUGAUAGUUUGGUGGAUAGUUCAGAAGCACGUCACCGUACCAAAAAAUUCUGA